CAUAAAACCAAUUCAACGUCAUAGUUUGAAAUCCCUGUAUAGUUUCGCAAUAAUAAAAAAUAUAUAUUGUCAAUUUUUGUUCGCAAACGUUAAGUUAGCAGAAAUGUAUCACAACGUUUACAAAAACUCUGAUAUACCAUAACUUGACGACGUACCAUUCGCAAAACUAUUAUCUGGUAAUGGAGCUUCGCGAAUGGACUCCUCUUGUCAGUCUGAUAGGUAAUAUUCCGAGCAAAAUACAGCGUGGUAUCCUAUUCCAUGACGUAUCCAUCACCUGUGUGGACUUGGUGGAUGAGUUUAUUGCUCUUGGUACUAAUGUGGGUAUUGUUUUUUGGUACAAUCGAAAGACCAGUGCAUUCGAACGAUUACAGACUGAGGGCUACGGCGAGUUGACCUGCGUGCGGAUUAUUUCAACCGUUGAUUUUAUGAUCGCAGCAGGAUGUCGACAAGGAAAAGUGAAUAUAUUUCAAGUUCCCAAAGAAGCUCCGCCGGAAGUUUGUGCCGAACUUCUCCUGAAAAGUAAACCCACUGAGCGCUACACAGUAACUGGUAUUCAUCGAACUACGAUAACUGAUGUCGUUUGGUCUAAGAAUGGAAUGAAGCUGUUCUCUGGCGACAGCUCUGGAACCGUUGUACUGACGGAUAUAAAUUAUCAGUUAAAAUCUUGUGAAUCUCGAGAGAUCGUGAACGAAAAGUAUGAAAUCGUUCAGUUGAGUUUACAAAAAGAAUACCUUUUAGUUUCGACAACUUACCGAACAGUAAUAUGCACUCAGGAGGAUCCUUGCAAAUGGCGUGUGACGCAAAUUGGGAAGAAGGAUCGAAAAAUGCUAAGCCAUUUCGGAGCCAUAUUUCAUACAUACCAUAAAAAACCUCAGACAGUGUCCACUCGAUCGGGAUUCCGCCUUUGGAUUGCGGACAUGACGGGAGAAGUCAUACAUACGUUGAUUUUCAAAGAGCUGAUAAGGACACCAUCUCAUGAGAUACCUAUCUUAAAUCCUAGCAAACAUCCCAUUCGGAUCCCUACCACGUUCGGAAUACUAUAUACAUUCCAAGAUAAAUAUUUGCUGUCAGUAGCCAAUGACACACUUUUUGUGUUAGAUUUAGAUCAAAUGAAGACUGUCGCCGCAUUAACCCGAUUACGAAAAAUAAUUGACAUUUCAGUCAACAAGCAUGAAAUUUUAAUCCUUGAAAGUUCUCGUUCGUUAGUUCGUUUAUCCACGCUACCAGACAGCAGUCAGACUACAAUACUUUAUAAAAAUCUAGAGCUUUUUGCUUCGAGCGAUAGUGACAGUCAGAUAAUAAUGGCAGACGAGUGUCUCGAACAAGACUUAUUCGCCGAUGUAGCCAGCAGUUCGGGUUGUUCAAAUGGCGCCGCCCUUCAAAGUAGCGAGGACGGAAUCGUGGAUAUUGAUCGACCUCUUGAGGAACACCCCCCUGCUGAUAGUUCACAUCAAAUCGUAACGCACUUGAAAAAACUGGAGCUGUUUGAAACAUUAAAUGAACUGAAAUAUGAUGAAUCGAUUCUGUUCAAAAGUGGUCGGAAGACGAAGCGAAAGCACAAAACCAAAUUUAAUCCCAUUGUUGAAAUCGGUCAGAUCCCGAAGGAGUGCGAAGAAGGGUGAAUUGCUAGUAAGCAAUAAAUUAACCUCGCUAAAGUAAUGCUAAUGCUUUUAUGUUGUUGUCUUGUGUGUAUAUUGUUGAGUUGUUAAGGGGUAAUUUGUUAGCUCAUUCGAGCCUCAUAUGCAUUAGGAAUCAUUUGAAUAAUGUGUAAUGUACCAAAGGAUGUAUAAAAUCGUGCAACCAAACUAAACGAAGAAACUAUACAAUAACGCACAUUCAAAUAAGUCUCAUAGCAAAGCUUGUUUAAUAUUUGUGCUUUAUUUUAACUAGGAAAGUGUGGCUAGGUAACUAUAUACAGAUAACUCAGAGUGGAUUUAGGAAGAGUGGUGACAGUUAUCCGUUUGAAAGAAAUAUUUUCUGUCAUUGUCAUUUUCAAACGACAAACUACCUGCCAAAUUGAUUUGAAAGCUUAAGGGACAGGUAGUUUUUAACGGAUGAAAAGAAAAAUAUUUAUUGCGAGUUUCUUAGAGCUUUCGUUAAAUAAAUAUAUUCACAUGUUUUGCAAAAUACAAAGCACUAUACGAA